AUGGAUAAUACAUCACCAAAUAUAUUUCCUGCUCAAACGUCCUCUUCGGACACUUCAAAUGAAAAUUUAAAUAACGCGAGUACACCACCUUCCAAAACAACAGCAAUAAUCCCAUCUUUACUUACUACACCUUCUACACCAAUUUCGAGUACUUCAGAGGUUAGCUCACAAAUUCCAAGACCAAAUGCCGGCCCUAUUUACUCGGCUGUUUACUCGGGUGUUCCGGUAUAUGAGUUUCUUAUAAGGGAUGUCGCUGUAAUGAGGAGGCGACCAGAUUCAUACUUGAAUGCCACCCAGAUUCUAAAGGUCGCUGGUCUCGAAAAAGGAAAACGUACCAAAAUCAUUGAAAAAGAAGUCUUAACCGGUGAACACGAAAAAGUUCAGGGAGGUUAUGGAAAAUAUCAGGGUACUUGGGUUCCUUUUGAAAGAGGCAAGGAUCUUGCAGAACAAUAUGGUGUUCUUGAAAUUUUACGUCCUUUAUUGGAUUAUCAACCCCCUAAACACGAUGUACCGUAUUCGUCCUCUCCAUAUACGCCCACAAAAGAACAAGCGAUGGCUGCUCUGCAAGCUACUGCACGUUCGGAAGUUAGUGAGCCAAUACAAACUAUAAGUGAAAUAGAAGAUGAAGAGCGUCUUCGAAGUAUAUUAUUAGCUAUUUACUGCAACGAGGAUUCAAAUUCGAUCCCUGAACUCAUCGCACAAGUUUGUUCACCAUUACCGACAGACUAUGAUAUAGUACUUGACGAAGGUGGACAUACCUCUCUUCAUUGGGCGGCUACUUUAGGUCGCUUACAAGUUGUAGAACUAUUACUGUCAAAGGGUGCAAACUCAACAAAACCUAAUUAUGAUGGCGAAUCUGUUUUAGUUCGCUCGGUUUUAACAACGGCAAAUUACGAGUCACAAACUUUUCCUUCUAUAAUCGAACUUCUCCAUGAUAAUAUAUCGUUGACUGAUAAAGACAAUCGUUCUGUCUUUCAUCAUCUUGCAUUGAGUGGAGCCGUCAAAGGUCAUUGCGCUCCGGCAAAGUAUUACAUGGAUUGUUUAUACGAUUGGAUAACAUCACAUAACGUUGAUAUUUCGGCAGUAUUAAAUAUACAGGACAAUAACGGUGACACGGCGCUAAAUCUUGCUACAAGGUUAAAACAAUCUCACAUGUCUCAGCAAUUGCAAGAAAUGGGUGCAAAUCGACAAAUUGAAAAUAAAAUAGGAUUACGACCUUCAGACUACAGUCCAAAUAACGCUGAAAUGGAAAUUGAUGAAUUGCAAGAAAAUGGACAAAUGCAAUCUACAGACAUGACAAAUGAUGUUUUUAUGCAGUCAGAUACGACUACGUAUACCAAUCCGCGUAAAAGAAACAGAGAAGUUAUUGAAAAUGCGGAAAAUGAAUGGAUAGAACAACUUAAAUCGAAAGAUGAACAAAUAAAUAAUGCUCGAAGCCAGUGUAAUCAAAACUCAAGGCAGCUUACUGACGCACAACGAAGCAUGCAAUGGUAUCGUUCACAAGAAAAGGAAUGUGAUGAAAUUGAAACAAGAAUCAAGUUCCUUGAAACUGUUUUGCGUAAAGAACGCGAGGAUCAAGAUGAUCUUGCCCCACGAAAACGUCAGAAGCUCUCACAUUCGAAUGAGAACGAUUUAAACGAUGCCUUAUCUGUAAUCCCAAUCUUUGCACCAUCAGUAUCAACCCCGAUUGCCUCAUCCGCAACUCAAUUGCCACCAAUAGAAUCUCCGUAUUCGCAAUUAACAACAACAAAAGCAGAUUCUCCACUAAAUGAUAACGCGUCAACGAGUACCAUCUCAACAAUAGUUACGAAUGCGACUUCACCCUCAUUAACGCAAAGCAGGCUUCCAGAAAUUAUUAUAACCCCGCCAAAUGAUAUUGUUGCAUCAUCGUCAUUUUCAGCCCAUAUCUUUACAAGAUCUGCGGCUGAUGAAAUGAUCGAUGGAGAAAUAAGAAGUUUGCAAGCGCAAAUCACCGCGUAUACACUUGAUCAAGAGCUGCUUAAAAAUGAGAUUGCAACUCUCGCUGAGACCACCGACAGGUCCGAGAUGCAGUACAAAGGUAUUAUUGCUUCAUGUUGCAAACUCGACAUCGACAAAGUAGAUGAUUUUGUUGAUAGCAUAAUUAGCGCCAUUGAAAGCGACAGUAAUGAACUUAACCGGGACCACAUAGGAGCCUUUAUGAAUAAGGUUCGUGGUUCCGAAAGCAUUUAG